AACACCCUGGUUAACGUUUGACCAGACACGAUGGGGCUACUCAGAUCACUGAAGUCUGAUGCGUGACUCACUUGAGCUCUCCACUAAGACUGUGAUCAUGACACCCAUGAUGCAUCUGUUGUUCCUCCCACUCUUGUUCAGCAUUGCUGGUGGGAAGGACCUGGAGGAAAAGAAGGGUCCAUUUGAAAACACAGGGCUAGAUGUGCCAGAGGGGACACCAGUACCAUUUCCCAUUCAUCAGUUUCAGGUGACCCAUCCAGGUGUGAAUAAUUUCAGGGUGAGUGGAGAAGGCAAGGAAACCAUUAAGAUUUCAAGGGAUGGAUGGCUCUACCUGGAGAAGCCGCUGGACUGGUCUCUUGAUAACCAUUACAUCAUCAUGGUGGAGGCGUUGGCAGAUGACGAAGUAGUAGAGGGUCCAAUUUAUGUGACUAUAAAUGUGUUGGAUGUCAACAACCACGCCCCGUACUUCAACCAGAGUGAUUAUACAGCUGUGGUUAGAGAAAAUACUGCAACAGGUGUCCCAUUUACCCGAGUGUUUGCGCUGGAUCAAGACAAUCCUGAUACUCCCAACGCUGAACUGAGGUACAGCCUGGUCAGCCAGAUCCCCAACAAACACGGUAUCCUCCUGUUCCAGAUCAACCCCAACACUGGAGAGAUCUCCACCACAAAAGAAGGAGAACGGAUGCUAAAGGCCAGAGAGGGCAUUCAGUACAGCAGGGGAGAAGAGCGGAGCAUUGACACUUUGAAGACAAAGUUUGCUGACUACUGCGAGGUGCCGAAGAUCCCCUAUGAAAAAAACCCCUUUUUCACCUGUGUGGAGAGAGCAGAGAUGAGGAGGAUAAUCAUGGACCCCCUGGAGGACCCAGACUACACCCUGCUUGUGCGUGUGCAGGACCUGAGAGGGGCGUCGGAGACCGCGCUGAGCGGAAACGCCAGAGUUCACAUUGUUGUGCAGCAGAACCUGUGGGUCAACCCUGGACCAAUAACUGUUAAAGAGAACUUGGUGGAAACGUAUCCUCUAACCAUUGCAAAGGUCCAGUCUAAUGAGCCUGAUGCCAUCUACACUUUAGUCCAGAAAGAGAGACAGCUGAGAUUCCCUUUUCAGAUAACAAAAGAUGGAGAUAUACUCCUGACAGAGAUGCUGGACAGGGAAGAAAAGGACAUGUACAUCCUGGUGGUGUUUGCACUGGAUAACGAUGGCAGAGAGGUGGAUCCGCCCAUGGAGAUUCAAGUCUUGGUGGAGGAUGUGAAUGAUGAAGUACCAGUGUGUGAAAAUGAGGAGAGCGUGUUUGAGGUGCAGGAGGAUGAGCCCGUAGGCAGCCUGGUAGGACAGCUGUUGGCACAUGACGAUGAUGAAGCUGGGACACUGAAUUCUCAGCUGACUUACACCAUCUUGUCCCAGAAUCCACCCACCACACCCAACGCCUUCUCCAUCGACGCUGCUUCUGGAAGAAUUCAGACAUUACGCGCUUUGCAGAGAAAAGACCAGCAGGUCUAUAAUCUCACUGUCACAGUCAAAGACCCAGCUUUCAAGACAGUUUGUAAAGUCAUCAUCAGCGUCAUUGACGUCAACAACGAGAUGCCUGUGUUUGAGAAGAAUGAUUAUGGUAACCACACUCUUGCAGAGGACACCCCUGUUGGACACACAGUGCUGACCUUCAGAGCAACAGAUGCUGAUGAACCAGGCAGCGGUAGCUCCCUCAUCAAGUUCCACAUCUCUGCUGGCAACGAUGGGGACGUUUUCACCGUGGAAUCAGACAGAGACGGAGUCGGCCACCUGGUUUUAGCUAUGCCUCUGGACUUCGAGUCUUCUCCCAACUAUGAACUCCAGAUUGAUGCUCGCAACCCAGAGCCACUCAUGAAAGGCCUGGAGUACGGUGCUGAGUCCACAGCCUUUGUCUCUGUGUCUGUCACUGAUGUAGACGAGGCUCCAGAGUUCAGCCUGGACACCCUGCAUGUGAUUGUACCUGAAAACAUCACCAAGGGAUCAGUGCUGCUCGCUGUGGAGGCAAAGGACCCAGAGGGCAAAGAGAUCAGUUUUAAGUUGGACGGUGACACUCAGGGCUGGCUGGAGAUCGAUCCGGCCACAGGACAGAUCAAGACCAAAGACAAGCUGGACAGAGAAACCCUGGAGACUUUUGAAGUCACUGUCACUGCCUUUGAGAAGGAGAACCCGGAGAAGUUUUCUGAGCGUGUCUUGUCCGUGAGGCUGCUGGAUGUGAACGACAACCUCCCCAAAAUGACACACACCCAGGCCUUCAUCUGUGUGAAGACGCUCAAACCUGUCAUCAUCAAGGCCCAUGAUACAGACAAUGCCCCCUUCUCCCAACCUUUCACCUUCAGCUUGGGCAAGAAAUCCCCCAACUGGGACCUGCAGAGUAUUGACGGUACAACAGCUAAACUGACCCUUAAGAAGAUACCAAUUGAAGAUAAAACCUUUAGCCUGCCCAUCACCAUUAAAGACAACGCAGGCAUGGGAGUCGCACAGUUGUUUGAGGUGAGAGUAUGUAACUGUACAGAACUCGGCUACUGCUACAUCGCACCAGCUGAAUCCAACUUCAGAUUGGGAAUGGGACCCACCAUCGGGAUCUUGGCUGGUGUCCUGGGAUUCUGCAUUGUUGCCUUCAUCAUAGUGAUCAGACGCAAAAAUAAAGGGGGCAAGAAGAAAGAAGUGACUGGGGAGGAAGAGAGGAGCAAUAUGAUGUAGAGACCAUAUAUGUAUGUAUUUGUAGACAGAGUUAGAUAUUUCUAAUUCUAUACUUGAGGACUCUCACUGAGAUGAAGCAUCCCAACCUUAAACCUAACCUUGACCCCAAAACACAGCCUUAAUCUGAUUCCAUUUUUAGUGGUUCCUGGUAAACAACUGGCCAGAGACCAUUAUUAGGUGAACAUUAAACUUUGAAGCUAACUGCAGUUAAACUGUCUUUUUAUAGAGUUGAUCUGUGAGCAGAUAACUACAUCCUUAAACAGAGGUGAGGACUGGACAAACCUACCUCCCUUUCCCAAUAUAUUCUCAAACUGGUUUCAAUUAGUACCUACAAAGAUGGACAGACACAGACAUUUAUUUUAGCUUAUUUUAUUUUAUUUGUAUGUGACAGCUGAGCUUGAUUGAUAGGUACUGUGCAUACUUUAAACUGUCAGAAGGGUCCAUAUUAAUCAUUCAUUUAUGCAGGUUGUCAUCUUAAUUUAUUAAAACGUGACUCAGGUUGUUCCAUAAUGUCACAUGAUUUACUCAGUGUUUGGUUCAGAGCUUUCUUUGUUAUUCUCUUCUGGUUGAAUUUAACAGGAAACUGAAAUAUUACACAACACUUAGAAAUAUCUUUAACACUGAGCCACAUCUUAAACCCAAAAUGCCACUGAUAUCACAGUGCUGUCUGUGUUAUGUGAUGAGCAAUCACUGCUCUGUUUCCUAAUAAACAAACUGGGAACCACUUUGAUUUUCUCAUUGUCGUGUACGUCUGCCUGUGUGGAUGCAAGUAGUGUCUGGGAUUGCAGGUGAUACUUUAUGAACCUAAAAAACCUCAGCUUCAGAUUCUUAAAGGAGAAAAUAGACAGUGUUCAGGUCCUUUGCGUGAUACAUGUGCAUAUAUAGUAACAUGCAAAAAUCAAAGUUCGAACUCAGUACAAAUUCAUCUCUGCUGUAUUUCUUAAGGCAGCCUUCUGAUUUCUAACUAACUGUUGCAUCCAUCUUUCUCUCCCUCUCUGCUGAUCUGCCGUAGAGCAGUCAAGGCCACGGUGCUGCUGCUCUGAGUCAUUUCUUUGACAGUGGGAGACAGGUAACAGGUUGUUAGCCAUGCUGAAAGGAAGAUGACAUAACAUUGGGCUUUUAUGCAGCACAAAGAGGCCUCAACACACACACACAAAAACAUCCUGAAUAGCAAAACACACAGGUUGUCGUGGGUGUCACAUGUGCUGCCAAGACCAUGCAUCCUUGCAGUCCAUGCGAGUUACUGUGUGUGUGUGUGUUUGAGAUGAGUCACUGAACAACCUGCUGCAGCUUCCAAAAACCCAAACAGGAGAGCAGUGUCAGGGGCAGAGGAGCACGCUGAGCUACAGCCUCAUGAUGACAAACUCAACAUGGAGCCUCUCUAGUGUUUAUGUCUGCUUUCUCUAUGCCUGUAUCCCAGCAACACUUUCCACAACAACACACAUACACAUGGCGAGUCCUGGAGAGCUGGUGGGAGAUGUUGAAAGGCUGGGUGACAGAAGAGAGGAGGCGGAGGAAAGAGAGUAAACUGUGUUGGAUGAUCUCAAACCUCACCAUCACCACACACUUACACAGGACUGUUGGAGAACUCUUUUAUCCUAAUAUAGAAAUACUAAGGGUGCAUAAAAUGUCCAUGUUCCCCAAAAACAGAAUCAGGAAUUUGUUGGGUUAUUGUUGUAAUAAAGUUCAGCUAAAGGAUAAACAGUACAUAUGUUAAAAACCUCUGGGAGACACCGGACUAAACAUCUGGCUUACAAGCGAGAUAUAUUAGUAGGAUGUACCUAAUACGUCAUCAGUGAUGGAAGUAGUACUCAGAUCUCUUAAGUACCACAGAGUAAAAAUACUGUCAAGUAAAUGUCUGUAUUCAAAAUGUUACUUAAGUACAAAAGUAUUAAAGUACUAAAGGUA